UGGUAGCAGAUGAAUUUUAAGGGGGAGAAUACAACUAGGACGCUGCCCCUGUCGCCGCCGUCUCUGAAGUCUGAGCUUAGAAGCGCAAGAAGGAAAAAGGAAGAAGCAAGUCGUAGGAAAAUGGAAGCACAGAUCGAUAAGGAAACGAGAAGAAAAAUCAAGAAGAGUGUGAAAAAUAUACUCCAAGGAGAAGAUGCAAACUUGUACGUGCUGAACGAGAAAUUGGUUCGACAAAAAGCCUCCGCCGACCUCAAUCUCGACCUCAACCAACCUUUGUAUAAGAAGCUAGUGAGAAAACAUGUUGAAAAUUUUCUCAUACAAGAAAAAUCCAAACCGAAAAUAGCUGAAAAAAUCAUCAAAUAAACAGCGACGAAAGCAAGUUCCUGGUAGAUUGAAGAUCCUCUGUUACAGAGAUGUGCUGCAAAUAGAGUUGGGAUUGCUCUUGAAGCUUGACAAUGGUUUGAUUUUGUAGUUAAAAUGCUUCCAAGCUCCAACUAAAUAUUCUUGUUUCUUCCUUUUGAACUGCUAAUUCCCAAUUUAGUUGUCUAUUAACUCUGCUAACAAUCAAUGAAAUGAGAUUUUUCGUAA